AUGUGUGCAGGUGUACCAACUACAAAGUGUGCAGGUGUACCAUCUACAAAGUGUGCAGGUGUACCAUCUACAAAGUGUGCAGGUGUACCAACUACAAAGUGUGCUGGUGUACCAACUACAAAGUGUGCUGGUGUACCAACUACAAAGUGUGCUGGUGUACCAACUACAAAGUGUGCUGGUGUAACAACUACAAAGUGUGCUGGUGUACCAACUACAAAGUGUGCUGGUGUACCAACUACAAAGUGUACAGGUUUACCAACUACAAAGUGUGCAGGUUUACCUACUACAAAGUGUGUAGGUGUAUCAACUACAAAGUGUGCAGGUGUACCAACUACAAAGUUGGCAGGUUUACCCAAAUCAAAGUGUGCAGGUUUACCUACUACAAAGUGUGCAGGUUUACCUACUGCAAUGUGUGCAGGUGUACCAACUACAAAGUGUGCAGGUGUACCAACUACAAAGUGUGCAGUUGUACCAACUACAAAGUGUGCAGAUGUACCAACUACAAAGUGUGCUGGUGUACCAACUACAAAGUGUGCAGUUGUACCAACUACAAAGUGUGCUGGUGUACUAACUACAAAGUGUGCAGUUGUACCAACUACAAAGUGUGCUGGUGUACUAACUACAAAGUGUGCAAGUGUACCAACUACAAAGUGUGCUGGUGUACCAACUACAAAGUGUGCAGAUGUACCAACUACAAAGUGUGCAGGUGUACCAACUACAAAGUGUGCAGGUGUACCAACUACAAAGUGUGCAGGUGUACCAACUACAAAGUGUGCAGAUGUACCAACUACAAAGUGUGCAGAUGUACCAACUACAAAGUGUGCUGGUGUACCAACUACAAAGUGUGCAAGUGUACCAACUACAAAGUGUGCUGGUGUACCAACUACAAAGUGUGCAGGUGUACCAACUACAAAGUGUGCAGGUGUACCAACUACAAAGUGUGCAGUUGUACCAACUACAAAGUGUGCAGAUGUACCAACUACAAAGUGUGCAGGUGUACCAACUACAAAGUGUGCAAGUGUACCAACUACAAAGUGUGCUGGUGUACCAACUACAAAGUGUGCAGAUGUACCAACUACAAAGUGUGCAGAUGUACCAACUACAAAGUGUGCUGGUGUAAAAACUACAAAGUGUGCAGGUGUACCAACUACAAAGUGUGGUGUGUCGACAUAG